AACCAUCGUACCCAUUUAGUGUAAAGAGUAUGAGGUUGAAGGACUUCUUCAAAUCCUUCCUCCUUUUGUGUAGGUUCCUUCUGCCAAGGAGGCCAAGUACCUGUCACACAAACCAUGGGAGAUCGCAGAGGUACCCUUCUCUAGAGAGCCUCCCCAGCCAAACCGUAGUUUGUGAUGUGGAGGGAGCGCUUCUUAGGACUUCCUCCACCUUCCCUUACUUCAUGCUCGUGGCAUUGGAGGCAGGAGGGUUCCUAAGAGGUCUACUGCUCCUGCUUCUGCACCCUCUCAUCUCUUGCCUGAGCCAUGAGGUGGGGAUACGGAUCAUGGUGAUGGUCUGCUUCUUUGGACUGAGGAAGGAGGACUUCAGGGUGGGGAGAGCUAUGCUGCCUAAGUUCUUCCUGGAGCAGGUUGGGUUGGAAGGCUUCGAGGUGCUGCGGAGAGGAGGGAGGAGGGUCUGUGUCAGCUCCAUGCCAACCGUCAUGGUGGAAGGCUUCCUGAAGGAGUAUUUGGAUGUGGAGGUGGUGUUGGGAAGGGAACUGAAGGUGUUCGGUGGAUACUACACUGGGUUGAUGGAGGACGGAGUUAUUGGGUUUGGCCAUGUCGAUUUUGCUCACCAUCAGCUCUUUACCCAUUGUAAGGAAGUAUGCUUGGUGGGAGAAGCUGAGAAGAGAAGAGGCCAUCAUCCCCUGCCAAGAUCACAGUACCCCAAGCCCUUGGUCUUCCAUGAUGGCAGGAUAGCGUUCAGGCCGGACGCCGUCUCCACCCUCUGCAUGUUCCUGUGGUUACCCCUCGGCUUCGCCCUCGCCUUUGCCCGAGCCCUCGUCUUCCUCUUCCUCCCCUACGCCCUCUCCAUCCCGCUACUCGCCUCCCUGGGCAUGCACUCCAGGCUGAUCACCUCCUCCGACAAGGAGGAGAGGCGAGGCGACGGCAGCCAGCUCUACAUCUGCAACCACCGCACCCUCCUCGAUGCCCUCUACAUCUCUGCGGCGCUCCGCCGCCACGUCACGGCCACCACCUACAGUGUCAGCCCCAUCAGCGAGUGGUUCUCCCCGAUAAGGACCGUCAGGCUGACGAGGAACAGGGAGGAGGACGCUGCGAGGAUGAAGAAGCUGGUGCAGGAAGGGGACCUCAUGGUGUGCCCCGAGGGGACGACCUGCCGCGAGCCGUAUCUGCUCCGCUUCAGCCCGCUCGUCGCGGAGAUCAGCCGGGAGGUCGUGCCGGUGGCGUUGGAGUCGUGGGCGAGCAUGUUCUACGGCACGAGCACCGGCAAGCUCAAGUUCUUGGAUCCCUUGUACUUCCUCAUGAACCCGUUCCCGUGCUACGAGGCGGAGUUCAUGGCGACGGUGGCCACCGGUGCCAUUGGUGGAGAGGAGUGCAGUAGCUACGAGAUGGCCAACCAUUUGCAAGCGGAGAUCGGUAGGCGCUUGGGGUUUCACUGCACCAGCUUGACCAGAAAACAUAAGUACGUGCUGCUUGCAGGCAACGAAGGGACCAUAGAGAGAGAGAGAGAGAGAACACGGGACGGUGACGUGAGAAUGGAGAGACGAUGAGAGACUUGUCUCCCUCUCUCCUUAAGAUAUUAAUGGUUAUUUUCCUAUGGUUUGAGGUGAAAAGGGUGAGUUUGUCA